AGGAGUUGGGACACGACCCACUUUUCGGUAUGAACGAUUAACCAUGGACAGUGCUACGCGGAGUUAUCGUUGCCGCGGCCCGCAUCAGCUGCAUUAUAUUUUGGAUAACCUGUAAUGUACGGCAACGUAUUUCGCAUCAACGAUUUUAAACUUUUUCGCAAGUCGCGAGUGUAAAUCCACCACGCCCCGAAGUGCGUCGACCGGCGCCAUUUGACUGUGCAACAUGGUCGUCUACGCCCAGUCUACAGCCCGGGUACCCGAGGCGCUACAGUUUGGUAAAUUUCUACGGCACGGCGAGCACCAAUGCACUCUGUACGUGUCGUGGUUGUUCGUGGUGACGCUGUGCUUCGUGUACAACUGCUGGGUGAUCCCCCUGCGCUGCACGUUCUCCCAGAACACGGGGGCGUGGCUCGCCCUCGACUGCUCGGCCGACCUCGUGUACCUGCUGGACCUGACCCUCGUCAAGCCCAAGAUGUCCUUCCUGGACGACGGCUUCUGGGUCAAGGACCCGGUCCUCACCAAGAGGAACUACCUGAGGAAUACUCAGUUCAAGAUGGAUGCCAUUUCGCUUUUGCCACUCGACAUUAUUUGUGCAGUGGUAGGAUCACAGCAAAUUCUGUUCCGAUUGCCAAGGGUUCUAAAGGUACACACAUUCUGGGAGUGCUACAAUCGGCUGGACAGCAUGCUCCCCUCCCCCUACAUGGUGCGCAUGGUGCGCACACUCAUAUACAUGCUGUACCUCAUUCACCUUAACGCCUGCGCCUACUACGCAUUCUCCGUGUGGCAGGGACUGGGCGCCAACGGCUGGGUGUUCAGCGGUAGUGGCAGCCCGUACAUCCGCUGCUUCUACUUCGCCACCAAGACAGCCACGUCCAUUGGGAAGAACCCCAAGCCAGAGACAGAGGAGGAGAGUCUCUUCAUGACUUGCAGUUGGCUGAUGGGGGUGUUUGUGUUCGCCAUCCUUAUAGGCCAGAUGAGGGACAUCGUGGUGACGGCCACGCAGUCCCAGACGGAGUACCGCAAGCUGGUGGACGAGACGGUGGAGUACAUGCGGCGCCUCAGCCUGCCCAAGGAGCUGCAGGAGCGCGUCAAGCUGUGGUUCCACUUCACGUGGGAGCAGCAGCAUGCCCUCGACGAGCGGCGCAUCAUCGACACGUUGCCGCGCAAGCUGAAGACAGACAUCGCGCUGCAGGUGCACAUGCACACCCUCAGCAAGGUGCAGUUGUUCCACGACUGCGACGAGGCGUUGCUGCGAGAGCUGGUGCUCAAGCUGCGGCCCAUCAUCUUCCUGCCCGGCGACUACAUCUGCCACAAGGGCGAGGUGGGCAAGGAGAUGUACAUCGUGAAGAGCGGGGUGGUGGAGGUACUGCACGGCGCGGCCAGCUGCGAGGUGCUGGCAACACUGUCCGAGGGCUCCGUGUUCGGCGAGAUCAGCCUGCUCGCGCUGUGCGGCGGCAACAGGCGGACCGCGGAUGUCAGGUCUCGAGGGUUCUCUAUCCUGUUCGUGCUCAGCAAAGCUGACCUGAACGACUCCAUAGUUCACUACCCAGAGGCUCAGCAGAUACUGAAGAAGAAGGCGAGGUCAUUGAUGAAGCAGAAUGCUCUACGUGAGAAGCAGAUGCAAGGCUCUCAAGGAAAGAACACAGCAUUCACGAACUCGCAAACACCCGUGAAGACUCAGCGGUUGAUGUGCAGUACCGUGAAGGAAUCCAAAAAAUGCAGGAGACAGAAGAAGAUGACGUGUGGUAAGAAUCAGAAUGCAGAAUGCGAUAGCCAGAACAGCCGAAGAACCUGCUUGUCAGACCAUAACAAAGCAUCACACAGGGAUGCGAUAGGCUUGUCUGGCGAGAGAAGCAGCAAAAUGACCACAGGAACUGUUUGCAGACUUCAGCUGCUUGAAGACGAAGAGAACACCUUUGAGUGCACUGUGUCUGUGCACAGAACCAUGAGCCAGUGACUGCGUCUACUGACUCUGGUAUGGAAUGUUGGGAGACACAAGAAGCUAAGAACACUUUCGAGUACGCCACGGCUGCAAAGGAUAAAAACACAGUGACUAUCUGGUAAGCCAAGCAGUCAGUUGACACACAAACUGCAAGGAGCCUCGUGAUACAAGGCGAGUGCACCAUGUCUCAGUGUCUAAUAAGCCACGCAGCCCAUCCAUGCAGGCAAUGCUGGAACAGUGAAGCUGUACUGUACUCAGGACCAUGAUCAGUAGCGGCGUGUACUGAGCCGUGCAGCAGAGUGUUUGUAGGAGCUGCUGGAAGACAUCAAGGAACAAGACUUGUGCGGAAUGACUGUAUAAAUGUCUAAGAGCCAGUAACUGAUUUUACUGAGUAAAGCAGCACUACACUCAGGGAAGGGGGUUUCUGUCAUAACUUAGAAACACAUAAUUUAUAAAUCUUCAGUAUAGGUUUGUUUACAUAAUGCCUGUUUUAAGUUAUGGUGUUUCUAAGUUAUAUGGUUAGACUCAGUGUGUUUUUAAAAGUUAAAACUCUACCAAAAAUUUAUGUCAUAAACCAACAAAACCUAAAAGGAAUCUCAGUGUUUCUGUUGUGGGACAGAUAUUAUUUAAGUGUAUUUUAUUGGAUUAUGUUGGUUUCUGUUGUAAACCCUAUGGCUUUAUUGGGUUUCAUUGGUUUCUGUUGGGAGAAAUUGCCUCACAAACGAAAAAAAAAUAUAUAUCAUUGUGUUCUGUUGGUUUCUGUUGUCAAAGUACACUGAAAUACUUAGUUUUGAUUGGAUUCUGUUGUGAACUGAUUUUUAAAGAAUCUGUUGGGUUUUGUUGAUUUCUGUUGUGAAACAGGAUACUAGUUUCUAUUGAGUUUUAUUUUUUUUCCAUUGUAUCUGUUGGAUUUUGUUGGUUUUAUGUUGUAAAACAAAGUCUGUUGGUCUGUUGUUUUCUGUUGCUUUGUGGUGGUUUCGGUUGUAAGGCAUUCUACUAGUUUAUGUUGCAUUUGUGUGUUUUCAAUUGUAUGUUAUUUUUUUGUGGUUUUCAAUGCAAGACAAUUUUGGGUGUCUGUUUUUUUCUAGUCUUUCUCAUUGUAUUUUUUUAGUUUAUGUUGUUUUCUGUAGUAAGGUAUUGAAUUGGUUUCUGUUGUUCUCUAGUGUUUUUUAUUGUAUUCUGAUGGUUUUUGCUGUUAGUCACUCUGCUGGAGUCUGUUGUUUUCUACUGUUCCCAAUUGCAUCCUUUUGCAUUUUAUUGGUUCUGUUGUAAGAAGUUCUGUUUCCUUUUGUAUUUAACUGACUUCCGUUGUUUUAUUUUAUGUUUUGGUGGUUUCUGUAGUAAAGUUUUUUGUUGUUUUCAUUUGUUAUUUAGUAACUUCUAAUGUGUUCUGUUGGUUUCUAUUGGAAAACACAUAUUUGCAUUUUUUUUAUAUAUGCCAUUGUUUUUCAUUGCAUUGCCUUGGUAACUUUUGGUUUCUUUUGUCAAGCAUUGUGUUAUUUUGUAGUGUUUUCCAUAAUAUUUUAUAAGUUUCAGUAGUAAGACACUCUUUUGGGGUCUGUUGUUUUUCAUUGUAAUCUGUUGGUUUAUGAUGUUUUCUAAUGUAAGAAAUUCUAUGAGUUUCUGUUAUUUUCUAAUUUUGAUUGUAUUCUGUUGGUUUUUGUUGUAAAUCUUUCUGUUGGGAUCGGUUCUUUUCGGUUGUAUUAUAUUAGUUACUGUUGUAAGGAUUGAUGUUGUGUCAUGUCGUAUUUUAGUGAUUUACUUUGUUUUCAUUUGUGUUUGGUUGGUUUCUAUUGUAAAGCAUUCUGUUCUUUUCAGUUGUUUUUUACUGACUUACAUUGUGUUCUGUUGGUUUCUGUUAAAAAGCAUUCUCUUUAGGUCCAUUGUUUUCUAGUGUUUUUCAUUGUAUUCUGUUAGCUUUUGUUGGUUUCUGUUGAAAAUCAUUUUAUGUUUUUCCUGUGUUUUCCAUUGUUUUCUGAUUGUUUUUGUUGGUUUAAGUUGCAUGGAAUUAAUUAUUUCUAGUCUUUUCAUUUUAUUCUCUUGCUAUUUGUUUAUGUUGUGAAGCAUUGUGUUGUUUUGAAUGUUUCCCAUUUUAUUCUUUUGGUUUUGUUGUAAGGCACCUGGUUGACGUCUAUUCAUUUCUAGAGUAUAAUAUUGUUUUUGUCUGGGUUUUUUUUUUUAGGUAUUUCUGUUGUUUCAUGUUUAUGAGACUUCUAUUUUAAACUGAUUUAUUUGUAUAUUCUGCUGCAAAAACCUUUCAAAUUUUUAUAUUUAUUUAUGGUAUUUUUAUAUAAGUCAGUUUUUUUUAAUGAUUUAUGUAGUACGAAUUUCUGUUGGAUUAUAUUAAAAUUUCGUGGGUUUCGUGGAUUAUUACAUUUAUGUAGUAGCUCUUAAAUAUUUCUACAUUAACUAAUAAUAAAUUUAAAUAAAAAAUUUGUUAACAACAUAAAAAGAAAAUUCAUAUUGAAUCUAAUUUAAAACCUGUCAAAUAAAAAACAGCAAAAACCAAGAAGAAAAAAUAAUUCAAACUACAAAACUUACAAAAUACACAAUUAACUCAGUAUAAAACCCAAUAUCAGAAUAAUCUUAUGGAAAUCAAUCAAAUCAAAUAACGCAACAAGAAUACAACAAAAACAAACAGAAGACAAUUAAAAUAAUAGAGUGUAAUAUAAACAAAAUAUACUAAACCUACAUAACACAAUGGAACCGAUUAGAAAAUCUCAGACCCAAAUAAAUAACAGUACAACAGAAACCGACAAAACAACAGACACAAACAUAAACGAACACAAAACAAUUAAAACACUAUAAAUCAAUAGUAUGACUUACAUAAAAUAGUUCAUACAAUUGAUAACACUAGAACAUAAGUCAACAUAAAACAACACCAUGAAACAGAACAAAAUAAAACAAAAUGGAAAAUUGUAGAGACAAUAGAAACCAAUAGAAUGCUUUACAACAGAAUCUAAUAUGAACCAACAGAAAAGAAUGAAAAAUAGGAAAUAAGAACCCAAAAGAGUGACUUACAACACAAACCAAUACAAUCAACAGAAUACAAUGAAAAACACUAGAAAACAACAGACCUCAAAAUAGUAACUUGCAACAGAAAACAAAAAACCAACAAAAUACAAUAAAAAACUAACAGAAUUCCUUAUAACAAAAACCAAAAGAAAACAAUGAAAAACAAUGGAAAACCACAGAAACCAAUGGAGUGCAUUACAACCGAAACAAACAAAAAAAAACAGAAUACAAUAGAGAACUGAGCCCAAGAGAGGGAAUUUCAACAGAAACGAAAAAAACAUACGAUACAAUGGAUAACACUAGAAAACAAUGGAAACCAUCAGAAUGCAAUAUAAUUCACUCAAAUACAACAGAAUAAAGCAGAGUACACAAAAAGGUUGGGAUUAUUCCAUUAGAGUUCUCUGUUUAGAAAAAUACAUUUUUCAUUUAAGUAUUAGAUCUAUACAAAUGCAAUAUAAUAUAAUCUUACUAAAACAUCUAUAUGUAUUAUUUAUUGUAUU